AAGAAAGAGGAAAAGAAGCGUUCUGGAGGUGGCACUUUCAUCAUUUCCAGUUCGAUCGGUUCAGCGGCUCGUUGGUCCGUUUACCGUUGGAGAUUGUAACUACCUGUAAAAGGCUAAAAAGAUGGCUGUUAGUGUCACGCCGAUUCGGGACACAAAAUGGCUAACGCUGGAGGUGUGUAGGGAGUUCCAAAGGGGGACUUGCUCACGACCAGACACGGAAUGUAAAUUUGCACACCCAUCGAAAAGCUGCCAAGUCGAAAACGGACGUGUAAUCGCCUGCUUUGAUUCAUUGAAAGGUCGCUGCUCAAGGGAAAACUGCAAAUACCUUCACCCUCCCCCACACUUAAAAACCCAGCUGGAGAUCAAUGGCCGCAAUAACCUGAUCCAGCAGAAGAACAUGGCCAUGCUGGCCCAGCAGAUGCAGCUUGCCAAUGCCAUGAUGCCUGGUGCCCCCCUGCAGCCUGUGCCGAUGUUCUCGGUCGCUCCCAGCCUCGCCGCCACCAACGCCUCAGCCGCCUUCAACCCCUACCUGGGGCCGGUGUCCCCGGGCCUGGUGCCGGCGGAGAUCCUGCCCACGGCGCCCAUGCUGGUGACAGGGAACCCCGGCGUGCCCGUGCCCGCCGCCGCCGCCGCCCAGAAGCUGAUGAGGACGGACCGGCUGGAGGUGUGUCGAGAGUACCAGCGUGGCAACUGCAACCGGGGGGAGAACGACUGCCGCUUCGCCCACCCCGCCGACAGCGCCAUGAUCGACACCAACGACAACACCGUCACCGUCUGCAUGGAUUACAUCAAGGGGAGGUGCUCCCGGGAAAAGUGCAAAUACUUCCACCCUCCUGCCCACCUGCAAGCCAAGAUCAAGGCUGCCCAGUACCAGGUUAACCAGGCUGCAGCUGCCCAGGCAGCAGCGACUGCAGCUGCCAUGACUCAGUCGGCUGUCAAAUCACUGAAGCGACCCCUCGAGGCAACCUUUGACCUGGGAAUUCCUCAAGCUGUACUCCCCCCAUUACCAAAGAGGCCUGCGCUUGAAAAAACCAAUGGUGCCACCGCAGUCUUUAACACUGGUAUUUUCCAGUACCAGCAAGCUCUUGCCAACAUGCAGUUACAGCAGCAUACAGCCUUCCUCCCACCAGGCUCAAUAUUGUGCAUGACACCCGCUACAAGUGUUGUUCCCAUGGUGCACGGUGCUACGCCCGCCACUGUGUCUGCAGCAACAACAUCUGCCACAAGUGUUCCCUUCGCUGCAACAGCCACAGCCAACCAGAUACCCAUAAUAUCUGCCGAACAUCUGACUAGCCACAAGUAUGUUACACAGAUGUAGACAUUCUGACAUCAAACAAUCAUGAAUGAAGAGCAAAGGAACAGUGUGUUUGGGGUGGGGAAGAGGAGGAGCUCAUCAGCCAUAGUGUAUAUAUACAGCCAGCCACCCCCAGCCUCCCUCAGCAGUAAGCCCUCCACACCUUGCAUGUUAAAGCGGGGCCGAGCCCGGAGCGUGGCGGAUCCACCACACACUGUUGCCUAUCUUGACUUUGUACAUUGAAUUGAUAUCUUUGUGCUGAGGUGAUUUUGAUUUCUUAAUUCUUAGUCUGAGGAGUACAGCCUCGUCUCUCUUUUCUAGCAGCAGGGAAGGGGUGGAGG